AAAGUUCCACGCUUUCUGAUGUAUUUGAAAUAAUAUUGAGAACAAGCACCUGGAUGUUUAUUCGAUAACUUGUGAGUGUAGACGAAAGCGACACACGCUUUUAUUCUUCGCUUGGAACAGUAAUCAUCCCAGUCACAUUGGGAACGACACGUGUAGGCGUGAAGCCACGUUUUCCGGAGUCAUCUGUAUCCCGAUGCGCAUAUGAUGAGAAUCCCGCUCCCUAAGUUUUAGUGUGUUUAAGUUACAGUAGCAGCUGAUUUCUCCAUUUCCAUUUGGACAUUUUGGGUAGGCUAACUACAAUGACGGACGCUGAUACUGCAGCAAGGUCCUUGGGGCCGGUCUCAAACGGUGACCGCUCAGACAAACUAGCCGGCGAGGAGGGAUCUGAAGAAAGUCAAGAGAGCCGGACUCUGUUAAUGGUCGCAAUGAUUCUGCUGGACUUAAAUCAGUGUAUCCCGAGCGGCAUCAGCGGCAAAUGCAUAGUGAACAGUGAUGCGAACAAUCCACCCGGCGUGAAGGAAACCCGGGAGAAAUGCAGACAGAGCGCGAGCAGGGGGAAAAGGACACGGAACCGCGACAGACUGCGUGCAUCCGCUGAGAAGAGACACUGCUGUCCCUAUGCUGGCUGUGGGAAAAUAUAUGGCAAAUCGUCCCACCUUAAGGCGCACUUCAGAGUACACACCGGUGAGAGGCCCUUUCAGUGUACCUGGCCAGGCUGCGCAAAGAAAUUCUCGCGGUCGGAUGAACUGACGCGACAUUUUCGCACGCACACCGGGGAGAAGCGCUUCAUGUGCCCGCUCUGCGACAAAUGCUUCAUGCGAAGCGAUCACCUCACCAAGCACGCCCGCAGACACGUCGGCUUCCACCCCAGCAUGCUCCAGGGUCCCGCCGGGCGAAGACGACACUCUUCAACGUCCACAUCGUCCUCUGGCUCCAGCGAUCACGUGUCUGCUGGUGUUUGAGCAACCAUGUGACCCCCCCACUGCACAUUUUGGAUGUCUCUCUUUCCUGAGGCUCAGAUCUUGGAGCUUCAGGUGUUACAUAAUGGAGACAUACAAAAUAUGCUGUGCUGGAGUUCUCCAUGGACUUCUCAAUGGAAUGGACAGAAAUCAUCAGAUUUAGGCAGAAACAAUGAACAUUUACUCUGAGGAUUAUUUCAAAUAUAUAGGGGUAUUUAUAUCACAUAUCACAAAUAUGACAUUGAUUUCAAUACAGAGGAGCCAGGGGAUUUAUUAGACACCCACUGUGACAAAGGGAAGUAAACAUAUUCUGAACAAUGAAACUAUAUUAUGCGUGCUGAAACCAAGACACAUUUUAUUGAUCACUUUGAAGUGUCAAAUUUUGCAGUUAUUGGAAGUGGGUUUUUAAAUAGUCGCUAUGAAUGUUUUUGGUUCUUUUGUGUUGUUUACGGUGACAGCGGUUGACUUCAGUGUUGAAGAUGGUAUUUGUAUGAUAUUAAAAUAGAUGGGUACUUAUGAGAUUAACUUUGCAUUGUGUUAGGUUUUACGCACACAAACAAGCUUUUGUGUGUUUUUUUUUUUAACAAUCGUAAUUGCAUCUUCUAUUCAGUUAUGCAAAAUAAUGUAACUUAUUUCAUGUACAGCAUUGAAAAUUCUCUUUAUUGAGAACACUUUUAUUAUUUAUUUUUUAACCUUUUUUUUAUCAGCCUUCACAAGUGAUGUAGUGAGACUUAACAGAAGUUCACUCAUUAAUAGUUUAGCACCGCCAUCUAUAGGUGUGUUAUGGGAAAACAAACUAAAAGCUGUGCCUUAGAUCCAUGACUGCACAGCUGAAAAAGACAGAACAAAGAUUGUGUAUUUCUCCCACUACCUAUGGUUUUAUUAGCAGCCUGUAGUAUUUACAAUCAAUCAGUGAACCUGAAUAACAUAGUCUUUUAUUAGUUUUGUGAAUGGGUUUUUCAUUUUCAUACAAGUUGACUUCAGAAGUCUUUCCACUGUUCAGCUGUUUACUUGAAAUACUCAAUGUAAUUUGAAUCUAGAUUUAGUUUGAAUCUACCGUAAUGAUCAGCCAUUGUGCUUUAAAAGACACAAGCACAAACUGAAUUUUACAUGUGAAUCAACAAUCAAUGCAUCUAUUGGAUCUUUAUUCAAUAACAAUUGUAUAGAUUUUUAUAUUUUGUGUUAUGAUAACAGAUCAACAGAUGUUUGGCUUUUAUUGUCACAUAGUAUCUGUGCUAAUUUAUUGUUCAGCUGUUCCAUAUGUUUAGUAGGUUGUGAGCCUGAAUUCAAGAAGCAGGUUAUUUGAAACAUACUGUCAUUGUAUCAACCUGUGCCUUGUUUUGAGCUUAAGAACUCUUAGAUUGCAGAAUGUAAUUAGCAAGUUACUGAGAAGUACUUUGCUGUAAUUUACAAAACUCUUCUCAGUUGUGUAGUGUGAAUGCAAGUGUUGUGAUGUGUAUAUCUGUGUCUUACAGACCUUACAGGCCACUAGUGUUGUACAUAUAUGUGCUGUACUUUUCCAUCAGUAUCAUUUAUGCAACAUUCAACUGCUUUCAUAACCUAUAAAUUAUGUAUGUAGAGGAUUAAUUAAAACAAAGAAAAGUU